CCACUGACAGUUGAAAUCUCGUUACCAGAAAAUGAACAGGUACGACGAGGCUCUCUACAAGGUUGUGGACACCUUGUUGGCCGUGAAGGAAUGCGUGGUGGUGGACGAUAAGAUCCGCCACCAACUGGUGUACUUGCUGCGGAAUAAAUUCCACGAAAUCGCCGUUCAAACAACCAAUGGGGCCAACCAUGCCGGACGCACUUCGGCCAGCUACUUCGAUCUGGAGCGGACCUUCCGGCUGAUGGGCAUCGAAGCGGCCGACCUGAACGCCGUGAAGCAAGCCUAUCCGCCGGGGAGGGUGGUGCGCUGCUCGGAGCCUCAGACGCGGGAGGAGGACUUCCACAAGGGUCCGCACAUCCUGCUGAGUUCCACUUCGAAGCAGGAGAUGGCCAGCCGAUCCCACAUCCCUGACUACUUCCCCGCUUUCCCAGGGACCCACACCUACAAGACCACUAUGAUGGAACAGUGCCCGAACAAGGACUAUGUCUCGGUUCGUAUCCGCCAGGCCGAGAAUCAGCAGAAUCUGCAAAAGGCACUCAACGGAUUCUUUUUGGGCGCGAAUCCCAGCACCUCGCUCUUCUCCAAGGCCAAGGAGGACACCAGGUUCAAUCUCCUGGAAAUAGAUACGUCGAAGAACCCCUCCUACCUGAGCGCCCUGAAGCCGGUUAACCAGGUUUUCGAAACGGACAUCUACGAGACCAAGGAGGAGAUCACCCAUGCAGCCCUCAACUGUCCCUUCCUGAUGGAGCCAAAGUUGAAGAGUUCACGCGAAUCGAACGACUGGGGCUUCGGGGAGGACGUGGAGAUGCUGCAGCCUCUCAAAAACGUGGAGCUGGAGUCCGACUCGGAGGACGAGGUCGAGGUCGAAAGGACGGAGGUGAAGGAUGGCCAGACUGAGACCGGAGCAAUGGAAGGCCAGGAUGGCCAGGCUGAGGACUCCAUCCAGGAGAUUAACUGGUUGCAGCCCGACUGAGGGACUGCGGAUUCCCCGAGUUGCCCGGCAAACUGAAUUAAACUGCAACUCAGAGAUAGCUGGCACACGAAAUGUUUCCAUUACAGAGACUCCACGAAAAAGUGAGAGAAAAAUUAAUUUAUUUCAAUUACAUUUCAUUAAGGACUGCCA